AUGGUCGUCUUAAACCCCUGGAAGGAGAAUCUGAAGGAUACUCCCAAGGAGAGCCUUAACUGGCGUCUCUGGUAUGGUGUCUUUGUCUUCGGACUCAUGGGCGCUGCUCGUGGUAUCGAUGAAGGUCUCAUUGGUACUACAUCCGAACUCGACCCUUUCAGGCGCAAGUUUGGACUUGACGACGACAGCAAGAGCGAGCACGAGAUUGCCGAGCUUCUAUCAAACAUCACAUCCAUGGUGCAGAUGGGCUCCAUCUUGGGUUCGCUGAUUGCUUUCUUCAUCACCGACAAAAUCGGCCGCCUUUGGGCCACUCGACAACUGUGUCUUAUCUGGGUCAUUGGUAUCGUCAUCUUCCUCACCAGUUCUCUCACUGGUUCCGUCGGACAGAUCUACGCCGGUCGAUUUAUUGCUGGUAUUGGUAUCGGACAGACCACCGUCGUUGCACCCACAUACCUAGCUGAGACAGCACCAAGAGCCAUUCGAGGUCUCUGUGUUUGCGCUUUCGCUGGUUCAGUCUACAUCGGCAUCAUGCUUGCCUACUUCGCAUCUUGGGGUUCUUCCAUUCACAUCUCGUCUGCCACUGACGCCCAAUGGCUCGUUCCAAACAGCAUGCACCUCAUGUUCGCUGGUAUCAUCUUCACACUCUCCUGGUUCGCUAAGGAGAGCUCUCGUUGGUUGAUCAAGGUCGGCCGCCACGAGGAGGCUCUUGACAACCUUGCGGUCCUCCGCAACCUUCCCGCUGACCACCCUUACGUUACCUCGGAGAUCAUGGACAUCAACGACCAGCUCAACCGUGAGCGCGAAGCUACCAUGGGCACUACCUGGCUCGGACCAGUCCGUGAACUUUUCUCUAGCAAGGCCAACCUUUACCGCAUCCAGCUUUCGGUCAUGUCACAGCUGCUAGCACAGUGGUCUGGCGCGAACAGCAUCACCAUUUACGCUCCCCAGUACUUCGCUAUGAUGGGCACGACAGGUCAGAACGAGAAGCUCUUCGCGACAGCUAUCUUCGGUGUCGUCAAGUUCGUCAGCUCAAUGCUUUGCGCAUUCUUCCUCAUCGACUUCCUCGGCCGCAAACGUUCUCUCGCUACCGGUAUCACACUACAACUCGUAUCCAUGCUCUACAUGGCCAUCUUCCUACUCAUCGAUACUGGUGUUUCUGACGGUGAGCCUCAAAGCUCCAGUCAGAAACACGCGGCCAUGGGCGCAAUCGUCAUGGUCUACUUCUCUGGUUUCGGUUGGGCCCUAGGAUGGAACUCAAUUCAGUACCUCAUCAACUCCGAGAUCUACCCACUCCGUCUGCGUGCGCUUGGUGGUUCCAUCGCUAUGACGUUCCACUUCGUCAACCAGUACGGUAACUCAAAGGCGGUACCUCUCAUGUUCAUCUCCAUGACCCACGGUGGUACUAUGCUGUUUUUCUCUUGCGUUACUGCCAUUGGUCUUUUCUGGGUUUACUUCUUCCUUCCCGAGACUUCUGGAAAGUCGCUCGAGUCGCUCGACGAGAUGUUCAACCUGCCUUGGCACCUUAUCGGUCGCAAGGGUGCAGAACUCACAAGGGGAUCUGGUGGUAUGGCUGAUAUCUUGGACAGCGCAGGCGAGAAGGCUGUCACAUACGAGAUGGAGAAUGCUGGUGGUGCUGAGACACAGAACCACCGGGUUGAGCAGAAAGUCUAA